UUCCCUGAAGCUUACAGAAUGACUAACAGCAUUGUUGGAGGCGUGCUCAUCCAGGGCUGUGGAGAAUGAGCUGCCUUCAGUUGUUGCAGGCAGUGUGGAUCUGGAUUGAAGGGAAUAGAUGCUAGACAGAGAAGUAAAAGGAAUAGGUGAGAAAACAGCAGAACUGCUGCACUAGUACAAGUCAUUGUUUCCUCCAUGCACAUCAGUCAGGAAACACCAGCUGCCUUACAACUUGCAUUGCAUAAUCCAGGAUUCUAUUAUAACGGGAGUUAAGCAGUAAAUUCCUGAAGAACACCUGAAUCUACACCUGUAACAUCUGGACUGCAUUUCAUUUCUCUGACUUGUGUCUUUAUAUAAGUCAAUGCUGACUGCAGAAGUUUGUUUGGAGAUAUCCUUUGUCCUCCCCCAGGCAGUUAUCAUAGUGAAGAGUGCAACACGUUAUGAACAAAUUUUGAAUAUCUAACCUUUGUGUAAACCUUGGGGAACAGCAAUGAAGGCACUCUCUAGGGAAACACAAGGGAUGGAGUUAACUGCCUCGUGCAUUCUGUGCCUGCUUCUGUCUCACUUCAUAGCCACAGAGAUGAAAGAAAUUGCCUGCAUGCCUGGCUGCCAUCCAGUAAAUGGGUUCUGUGAAAGUCCUGGAGAAUGCAGGUGUCGUGCUGGCUGGAAAGGACAGUUCUGUGAUCAGUGUAUCGCAUUUCCUGCUUGUCUGCAUGGAAGCUGUACAAAACCAUGGCAAUGCCUUUGUGAAGAAGGAUGGGUUGGAAGCCUCUGUGAUAUUGAUAUUCACCCUUGUGCUGCAAAGCCCUGUUCCAGCAACUCCACCUGCAUUGAAACGGGGGAUGGCGGAUAUAUUUGCUUGUGCACUCUUGGGUAUACAGGAAAAAACUGUCUUAUUAAAAAGGGACCCUGCAUUACAAAUGGGUCUCCCUGUCAGAAUGGAGGCACAUGCACAGACAACAAUGGCUUUGCACCUUAUGCUUCUUGUCAGUGUCCUGCUGGUUUUUUGGGUAAUCAUUGUGAAAUACAGAUAGAUAUGGACGAUUGCAACCCUAAUCCUUGCGGAAAUGGUGGAAGCUGCACAGAUAUUGGAUCAGGAUUCCACUGCCAUUGUCCUUUGGGGUUUUCUGGGAAGUUGUGUAAUGAUCUCACCCCAAUGUGCAGUAGCAAUCCAUGUGCAAACGGUGGGACGUGUUAUCAAAUAGGGGAGAAAUUACAGUGCUUUUGUCAGCCCAAUUACACAGGAACAACCUGCUCUUUUCCCCAUAAAAACAUCAGCCUACAUGUGUAUGAGCGGAGAAACAGUCUGCCAUCUUAUCAUAAAUCUCCACAACAUGAAGUACUUAAAAUUACAGUCAAAGAGACUAUUCAUAAUGUAGAUCCACUCCUUAAUAAAAGUCAAGUUAUCUGUUUUAUUGUGUUGGGGCUACUGACCUGUCUCAUUGUCCUCAUCACCACCGGGAUUGUGUUCUUUUCUAAGUGCGAGACAUGGUUUGCCAAUGCCAAAUACAGCCGCCUUUUAAGAAAGAAAAAAAACAUUUACAUGCAAAGAAGUCGAGAAGAGGACCAUGAUGUUAAAAUUAUAUUCCCAGAAGGAGUAAAGUUUGAAGACUGCUGCAGGGAUUAUGCUUCUACAUAAACAUGAGACAUAAACUACUUUGCUAGUAGUAUCCAGGAUCAGUCCUCCAUGUGUGCUGCUGGCAGAGGAUUUAGGCUGUAGGUCACCUAAAGCUGGAACCCUGAGGCUGAACAUCUCUCAGUUACAUAACAUUAAUAAUAUCAUGCUAAGAUAAUAUUGACAUUCCCAGUCCAGAACUAUUUAUUCCGAAAAGCUAAACAGAUCCUACUCUAUAGAGAUGCAUUUUGUGGAGUCUGAAAAAGUAUUGGUUUCCUUUCCUUAGCUCCUUGAUAACAUGAUGGGAGCCUGGAAAUAUUCUGAUAUUAGUCUGGGAUUUCUUUGUAGAUCUUUUCAGCUGGACCACUCCUACAUUUUUUAACAUUUAGAAAAUGGUGUUAUAACUUACAGUUAAUGUCUAUAAGAAACAGAUCCGCACACACGCUGAUUAAUGCAGUCGGGGAAUAUCCCCUUUUAUUCAGCCACCAAACAUCAACGUUUCGGGGGGGGAACACCCACCCUUCAUCAGGAUACAAAUUCAGCGUGUGUGAGGAUCCGUUUUUUAUACACAUUGGUUGCUAAGGGACCCGGCCGGGUCAACGGAAGGAACGCACCACCAACUGCAGGAUCGGUGAACUACAGGUGUGCGGUAGGAGAAUUACAUAAUAACUUACAGUUAAGACAUCAACUGUUCCUUUUUACAGGCCCUUUGAAUUUUGGUUUUGGCUUGAUGAUUGAUCUAUGGUGAAAAUGUCAAAACAAUGAACAAAAUACUUAUGAAGUGUUUACUAUAGACUGAUUCUAAAUUCAGGGUACUGUUUUCUCUACUUUAGAGCAAAACAGGACACUUUGCAGGCCCAGAUGCACCACCAUGAGCUUCAGCUUGGAGAGCAGACAAACCAUACUGUAUGUAAAGAAGAAGGGAAGGCUCUCAACAAAAAGGUAAAAUCCAAUGCAGGUUUAUCAUUUUUUCAGUUUUUUUUAUGGAUUUUAACUUCUCAUCCAACCAAAAACAACGAAAAGGAAAAAAGUACAAAAAAGCCACAAAGUCAAAUGUGCUGUAGUUGAUAUUGACCACAUUCGCAUAGAGAUGAGCAAGUUAAGCCAAUAAGGUUACAUUAGACAAUCAUGUUGUACCAUUUUUACCUUUAAGUCUCAACUGGAGUUCAAGUUUCUUCCCUUCUUAUUGACAUAUGGUUUGUCUGCUCCGCUAGUUGAAGCUCAGGACGGAGCACCAAGGCCCUCCAUCCCUAGUAAGUGGCAUGGUCAACAUGUAUCUUUUGCAUCCAGUCAUUCAGCAAUUAUCUACCUGGCAAGCCAACUAACUCAGCUGGUGCAGUGUGGUGAUCUCCCUGUAUCUCACGGCAAGUGGCUUAUUCAUGGUCAGCUUAGCAAUUCAUUGAGAAUACUUACAUUACUGACAUAAGCAGGCAAAUGGCAGGGGAGAAUGGGGAAAUGUCUGUCUGGGGAGGUUACCUAUAGAAGACUUCCACUACUGAACCUAUAAUAAUAUAUGAGUAUACUGUAUAGCAAUUUGUCUCUUUCUGGGGAGGCUAAGCCUCACUAAAUCUUAAUUAUUUUCCACCUAUGGCAAAUGAAAUCUACUUUUCAUUCAAUCUCUUGCUCUAAAUCUGUCAGAGAUGCAGCAACCAACCACGGUUGUUUUAGAACAUCUACAUACAAUGAAUGCACUGACUGACAGAGAAUGUGAUGUUGUUGGCUUCUACUAAAGCAAAAAAAAAAAAAGACACUUUCAUAAAUCUUACAUUACUGUACAUUUCGGUGGUUAUUUAUUAAAGGUAGAGUUGUGGUUUUCCCGAAAAGUUUAAGUUUUUCACAAAAAAUGUAUGUUUUUUUGUUUUUUUACAGCGGUUUGUGCUCGUAAAGGUAUUCAAGGUUUUU